AUGUUGCUUCCUAACAUCGUUGCCACUGCGGCACUUCUUUCCACUUUGAUUGCUGGAAUACCACUCCUCGAUGAACGUCCAUCCAACGCAAUGAUGGAGCGAAGGACCCCGCCUGGCGAGCCGGUGAAAAAAGUUGUUAAAUGGAUUAAGAAGAAGAUUCAACCCCCGGGUGGUGCAAGAGUGGCACCGAUUUCCUUCCCGGCUCUAAAAGGUCCGAAGCGCCGAAGCGCUGACCCCGAACCGGAGCCAGCCGAAAACCCCAUCAAAUGGGUUAAGAAGAAGAUUCAACCCAAGGGAGGCGGGAAGAUAACCGCAGCAAAUCCAUUUUCGUAUCCAUUAGUUUUUGUCCCAAAGCGCCGGAGCGCUCAGCCUGAGCCGGGCAAAGCCUUUGACGGGCCGGUGAAGAAGUCACAGCGUCGAAGCGCUGAACCCCAAUCAGAUCUGACAAACACCCUCAAAUGGAUUAAGAAGAAGAUUGUACCCAAAUGGAGCUCGGCGGUAAAACCGUUCCCAAGAGUUUAUAAUCCUCGUGCUAAGCGCCCCGGGGAGCGUCGGAGCGCUAAACCUGAGCCGGACAAAGCCUUUCAACAUGAGAGCGUUGGUCCUCAAGCGAAGCGCCGGACUACCCGCCGUUCAACAUCGACCGAACCACUUCACCAACGCCCAAACAUCAAGAAACGUGGGGCAUCAAAGGCCCCUAUUGAUAUUUAG